AUGGCAGACCCUACAGCCAUCUACGACUUCCUGAAGCAGCACCCUGCAGCUUCAAAAACAAGUGCUGCAAAGAGGUUGCAGCCACAAUCAUCAUCUUCAAUCCGCACCUUCCAAUGCCACUUUUGUCACCGCAAGUUCUACACUUCACAAGCUCUUGGUGGCCACCAGAAUGCUCACAAGCAAGAAAGAGCAGCUGCUAGAAGAAACAUUAACGCUCACAAUGGUAACAACAACAUGAACAUGAAUGUGCCACCACUUCCACCACCACCAUUGGAGUCUUCUCUUAAGAUCACUGAACCCAUGACCAUGAUCACCAUGCCUGAACUUGACCCUUCAGCUUCUUCUUCUUCUCCAAAUGUUCGUUUCUUCCACAACCGUUCUUAUUGGCUUGAAGUUGAUCCCUUGCAGUUUCAGACCCAUCACCAUGUUCCAACCACCACCACCACCACUGUCCCUCCUUAUCUUCCUUUUCUUGGUGGUGGUGGUGGUGGUGGUGGUGGUGCUUCUUCUUUCGCUUCCAUCCCUCAACAAAUUUUCUCCCAUAAUAAUGCUGCUGCUUCUUCUGCUGUUGCUGAUGCUCCUGACAAUGCCAACCUUGACCUCACCCUUCGCUUGUGA